CUACAAAAGCCCAGUAAUGCUCAAAGACCUUUCUUGAGGGAUUGCAAGGAGUUUACCUGCAGGACUGGUGGACACAGUCAUUUUAAAAACUCUAGACACUUGACUGUAUUUAGGUUUAGCUGCUUGCUGGGACAGUUGUGGAGUUCUGGAUUGAGCUGAGAGGGAAAGAUCUGGAUAUCAGCAAGAACCCAUCCCGAGCUUUGUUUUGGCUUUUCUGAUUAUUGGACGCCUGGACGUGGAGGACAAUGUCCAGUGAAGGUGAUGCUGGAGGUCAUACUUCCACAACAACAAUCAGCACUGUGGCCAUACAGGCUGGCAACUCUCAGAUUGUUGUAGCAGUGCUCAAGUGUGGGGAACUGGUGAAGCUACAACUAACUGAAGCACAACCCAACCUCCUAGAAAUCGGAAACAACCAGGAUGAGACCAAACAGCUUCUUGAGGAACAUGAACAGCUUCUAACCAAACUUAAGAAAAAUGAAGGAGGUGUGUGGGCUUUGCUGGAAGAGGCUGAUAAAACAGCCGAGGAGAAGAAGGCAGAGGAGCAGGUAUAUGAGGCCAUGGCUGUCUCUCUCAGCAAGGCUUGGAAGACUCUGGUGACCCACCUGGAGAAGAGAAAAUCUCUCCUGAUUUUGGCUUGCCAUUUCUUUGAGUGUGCUCUGGAGUUUGCCAUCAAUAUAGAUGAAGCUGAGGACUUUCAGAGUGUUGGCCAGGAGCUGACCUCUGCAAACUGCAUGAAUGAACUGCUUCAGAGACACAGCACUAUUAGAAGAGGGAUGUUGGAGAAGUCAAUGCUGGUGUUGAAUAAAAGUCGUGAGUUUCUGGAGUUUUUAAAAGACUUCCAGUCUGAGCAGGCCCUGCAGUAUGGCAGAGCUCCUCAUGGGGCCUGGAGCAGCUGUGGAAAGGUUGAGGGUUUAAUGGAGAUUCUGCAGGACAGACGCAGGCAAGUGGACCUCUGCAUGAGACGACAACAGCAUGAGCUGGAAAUGAUCCACCACAUUUGCCAAUGGGUACAACAGGAACAGGAAGUAACAGGAUGGUUUAAGGAAAAGACUACUUUGUUCUUGGAAAACAAUCAGCUGGGUUCAUCACUGUCUGAAAAUGAAGAUUUACUGAAAGAAUUUAAAGAGUUUGAAUUGAAAGCCAAGGACUGGGAUGUGCUGGUGGAGAGGUUACUACAGCAGGCUUCUGAGCUGCUGUCCUCAAAUGACUGCCCAGAGCUUCAGCACUUGUCUGAUAAGAGUGAAAAACUCAAAGCCACGCAUGAGCAGUUCUGGAGUUUGAUGAUGAAUCGGCUGGCUCAUCUGCUGGAGAGCAAUGCCUUUUACAGCAGUGCCAAUAAAGCGUUUGAGGUGCUGGGCACCAUAGAAAUUGCUAUUAAAGACCUGAAGACUCAAGCUCUGUCGUUACCUGAGCUGGGGAAGAAACAUAAAGAAAUUUCAUGCAGUAUAAAAGAGGCUUCCACUGAGGCUCUUCAGAGAGGUCAGCUGUUACUUCAGAAGCUCAAACCGCAAAGUGCCCAAGUCGGAGGGCUGCAAAGGAUGCUUGGAUACAUCAAAGAGAGGGUGGAGGUGCUGAGUCGUGAGUGCCACGCCCACAAAGUUCUCACAGGCAAAAGACAGCAACUGGUGACUGCAUUUGAAGAACUGGUGGAUAAGGUCUCUGCCUGGAUUAAGAACAGCAACGGUGCCCUCUCUGCCAGCAUAGAGCCUGGUUCAACUUUAACUGAGGCUGAGGACACUCUUAACAAACAUGUUGAGCUCCUUUCACAGUCUCAGCAGGAUGUUAUGAGAGAAUCCGAGGCUAUAGCUGGUUUUAUAAAGGAGCUGCGGGGGCUGGAAUCCUCAGAGACAGUCGAUUUGUCUAACAAAGCCUCACUUCUGGCAGAAGAGAUGAAAACAUUGGUCAGGGACAUUUCAACACAUGUGGAGAUCCUCAGACCCUAUGUGGACUUCUUACGCUCUGCUGAUGAGGUUAAAGAGCAGAUAAGAACAUUGCAGGAAUGCUACAAGAACAGGACAGAAGAAGAGGAGGAGAAUGAAGGAACAUGUGCAACCAUAAAGGAAAUGUUGGAUGCUAAGUGGCAGUCUCUUCUGCAGAGUUUUUUCACCAUGCAGGACCUAGGCAACAAUUUCAUCAACUCCUCUAACAUGGUCAGUGGCAACCUGAAACUGAAUAUUAAAGUGGCAGGAAAUGUUGUGGAAAAACAUAUGGAGACCCUGACCAAGACAAAAUCUGAACUAUCUGAUCUGUGGACAUCUUGGCAACUUCAUUAUAGUGAGAUCAAAUCUGUAAAGAAGCAGUGGAAAAAAAUUAAGGAUCAACUCAAAAAGGUUCUUCGUGACUUAAGAGCAAUGGAGGAGAUCUUUGCUCCAGCAUCAAAAGUUGAUUUGGGUGGAGAUCCCCAGUCUGUGUCAAAGCUACAGGAGAACUUUUACUCUGCAAAGCCACAGUUCCUACAACUGAAUGCAGAAAUAGAAUUCCUGGUUAAGACAUCCGAGCUGCUUGCCUUGAAAGGAAUACCAGUCAAAGAGAAGAAUGAGAGAGUUUCUGAGCUUCUUCAGCUGCAUCAGCAUGUCAGAGAUAAAAUCAGAGAGUAUGAAACUGUUCUUAGCAUGACCGUCAAAUUCCAUCAGCUUUAUCAAGAGCUAGAUAGCUUAAUAAAGACGGAACCAGUGACUGUGUUCAGUGAUGCCAGCCAGGCCAGGACACAGCUGACCCAGCACCAAGAGAGGCAGAGGCACAUUCGACAUCUGUACAAGCUUGCUCUUUCCCUGGGUGUAGACAUCACCAGCACUGUGCAGCAGUCGCGUGUGCUGGUGUUGUCAGUGCAGCGGUUACAGGAGAAGCUGGAAAGGUUGGAGAGAGGAAGCGAAAACUGGAUUGCUGAGGCCAACAAGUGUGAAGAGGGUUUGAUGAUCAAUGUCCACUGCUGUCUCUAUAAAGAAGAAAUCAGUGAACUGAGAGAGUCCUUUAAAGAUCUGAAGAAGAAAUUCAACAAUUUGAAAUUCAACUAUGUGAAGAAAAAUGAGAAGUUGAGAAACUUAAAGGCGGUGAAAAAUCAGAUCCAGCAAAUCGAGAUAUACAUUGAAAAGCUACAGGUUUUAAAGAAGAAGCUUCAAGCCUUCACUCUGAAGGUAUCUAGUAGCAGUGAGAAGCAUUUAAUUGGCAACAACCUCAGAGAGAUUGAGGAUACCUUAAAUGAGCUACAGAGACAGGUGGGCGACUUUGACAGGACGGUGGAGGAGUACAAACAGAACCUGGAUAUAAAUGUCAAGCUUCAGCAAGCCUUAGAGGAGUAUCAGUUCUGGUGUGACGAGGCAAGCUCCACAAUUGUACGUGUGGGUAAAUAUUCCUCUCAAUGUAAGACUAAGGAAGCAGUCAGCUCUCUCUACAAACAAUUCGAAAAGUUUGUGUGGCCCACAAUCCCACAGCAAGAGGAGAGAAUCAGCCAGAUCACUGAGCUGGCAGUGCGGUUACAUGGUGCAGAAGAAGGGAAAAAAUAUAUGGAGAAGACAAUCAACAAACACCAUGAAAUUGUGGAAUCAAUAAAGGAACUGUCAAAUGGACUGCUCGACCUUGAGGCCAAACUACAGUUGGAGACCAUGAAACAACCUCAAACACAUGAAGAAAACAACAAACGGGACACUACUCCUGAGCAAAAGGAAAGUGGACACACUCCUGAGAUGACAGGCCCACACUGUACUAAAGAGUUACCUAUCAACAAGAAUCCAGAAAACAAGAAACCUCAGCUUCGCAAGACACGAAGCCAAGAUUUGCCAGACAAACCUCAUCCAGAGCAUCAUAAGGUGCUGUCAGAGAUCAGACUGUGCACCCAGGAGGCCUAUUCCAAGACCAGCAAGCUGGAGACCAUCACAAACAAGUCUACUAUAGAGAGAAAAGAGGAGAUGCACACCUCCUUCACUCACAUCCACACUGUUAAUGUGAACAAUUCCUCUGUGGAGCGAGAUAGGAGUCACAUUCUGCAGCAAGCCAAGAGGGACUCCCAAGAAAUCCCACCUCCCUCUCCUCCCUCAUCACCACCUACACGAGAUCCAUCAUGCAUCACAGACAUCCAAAAACAGUUUCAGGGUGCAGAGAAACAGUAUUCUGCUCAGAAGACCAACUCUGAGGACAAUUAUAAGGGCUUUAUUAGACCUCAUCCACCCUCAGAUUCCAAGACUGCAGCUCAUCACUCUGUCGAGGAGGAGUUUUUGCCACAUGGAACACCAGAGCCAGCAUCUCCAGUACCUGAAGGUGACUUCCGCCCAGACCAUCUCACUGAGGAAUCGCUCUCCAAUGACGAAUACGAAUGCACCUCCCCUGAUGACAUCUCCCUGCCUCCAUUAUCCGAGACUCCAGAAUCCAACAUUAUACAGUCUGAAAAUGACCUGGAUGAUGGCUACUGCGUCAGCUCGCACAGCCUCCGUGUUAACCAGCACAGCCACCAGUCCCACUCCCAGUAUGGGGACACCCUACACCAGAGGCGGGACUGGAUUUCUAGCCAGGCCGAGAGCUACCCCUCUCCCACCACUGGUCUGGGGGCCAGGUUCAGAGCAGAGUCUUCCUCCUUUGUUCAAAGCCCCCUAACAGUGCCUGCCCCCAGUCUUGUGUCCAAUACCAUCUCCAGCUUGCUCUUCAAGAGCAAAUGUGGCAACCCACCACCAGGCAGCCUCACUGAAUGCAGUGAAACUCUUUACUCAGUGCAUGAAAGUCGUACCGAGAUACAAGAGAGUGUGCAUGAUUCCAGUAGUGCUCGGUCCCAUAGCACGCAUGCUACCCCAACCCCAUUAACCACAGAGCAGGACUCUGAUGUGUGCAAGCCCACAGUCAUCAGAGAGGAAAUCAGACGGGCAUCUUCCAAAAAGGCUAUGGGCAACCUGGCAGCUGGCCUGGGCCUUAACUUCUCCAAACCCUUGUCUAAUGCCACAGUUGUGGAGGGCUCUCCGGUGACCCUGGAGGUGGAAGUCACUGGAUGUCCUGAGCCUAUAUUAACCUGGUUCAAGAACGGACACAAACUGGUCAAUGAUGAGCACAUAGAACUGUCCCAUAAAGAAGGCAAGCAUGUGUUGUUCAUUCAGAGUGCUGCAGUGAGAGACUCUGGGCAGUAUAUGGUCACUGCCUCUAACUCAGCAGCCACUGUCUCCUCCAGCUCCAUGCUACAGGUCAAAGUACAUGGGGCCACUCCACACUUCCUCUCCAGACCAAAGGAGCUAAAUGUAUUAGUGGAAGAAGACCUGAGCUCACACUGCACUUAUCCUCAAGUGCACUGCCUCAGAGAUAUGAAGAUUGCAACAUGUGGUCAGAGCCAAAGUCUGAAGCACAAUGAUCUGACAGUUUCAUCCAUAAAAAGUGUUGGAGUGAGCAUGACUCAGGAAAAAGAUGAGAGUUCUGCCCUGAUGAUUAUUAGAGAGGCCAAAAAAUUCCUCAUAGAGGCCAGUGAUUAUGGCAUGCUAAAUAAGGAUCCAGAAAACCUGGAAUCACUGCCUGCAUCCACAGGCACACAUGCUGUUUUGGAGAAAGACUUUGGAGACCACCUAUAAUGUACAGUAGAACAUAUGUGAGAGACCAGAGUUCACAGAGCCAGAAUUUCAAAUUUUUCAUAAAUUAUUCAGAAUGUAUAAUAACUGUGACACUGGUGCUUAUUUGAUAAUUGCAAAUUGCAAAAGUACUCAGACCCUUCUGACCCCCCCCCUAAAUAAACCAUCUACAAAUAAUAAAAAGAAGGUCAUAUUUUUUUGCAUUCUAAACAAAAAUAAACA